GGAAGCGGAUGGGACUGUGAAUCGCUGCCUCCGGCUUUUAAUUUUUCUGCUGACAGGCAUUGGUCACUGGUUCUUAAUCUUUUGUCUGUUGCACGCAUCCCGCCGUCCCCACUUGCUUUCCCAGUUCUCGGAUCCAGCCCUCUGUGCAUUCACGCCAGUUCUCUGACCCCGCCACGAGCUCCUCCUGGUCCCCGGGCGGGUCAGGCACGGAGGUGGUAACUAUGGAGAAUAUGGCGGAGGAGGAGCUGCUGCCCCUGAAGAAGGAGGAGGUGGCCCAGGCCCCGGCCCCGACCUCGGCCCCGGACUCGGCUCGGGUCCCAGCUCCGGCCCCGGACUCGGUUCCGACUCCGGCCUCGGCGCCAGCCCUAGCCCCUGCCCUGGCUCAGGCUUCGGCCCUGUCCCCGUCCCUAGCCUCUGCCCCAGACGAGGCUGAAAGCAAGAGACACAUCUCAAUUCAGAGACAGCUUGCUGAUCUAGAGAAGUUAGCUUUUGUAACUGAAGGAGAUUUUGACUCUGCUAGUUCACUGAACUCAGAUACUCUUGAUGCAGGAAACAAACAGGCUUGCCCAUUGUGCCCUAAGGAAAAAUUCAAAGCCUGUAAUAGCCAUAAGCUUCGUCGGCACCUUCAAAAUUUACACUGGAAAGUCUCAGUUGAAUUUGAAGGUUACAGAAUGUGCAUCUGUCACUUACCUUGUCGACCAGUGAAACCAAGCGUUAUUGGAGAACAGAUAUCCAGUAAAAUGGGCGCCCAUUAUCAUUGUAUCAUUUGUUCAGCAACAAUCACCAGAAGAACUGAUAUGCUAGGCCAUGUUAGGCGCCACGUGAAUAAAGGAGAGACUGAAUCCAGAUAUAUUGCUGCUUCUGCUGCUAAACCAUCUAAUGAAAUUUUGAAAGAGGCAGACACAGAUGUACAAGUUUGUCCUAACUAUUCUGUGCCUCAGAAAACAGAUUCCUAUUUUAAUCCCAAAAUGAAACUAAAUCGGCAGCUAAUAUUCUGUACUUUGGCUGCUCUGGCUGAGGAACGAAAACCUUUGGAAUGUCUAGAUGCCUUUGGAGCCACUGGGAUAAUGGGAUUACAAUGGGCAAAACAUCUUGGAAAUGCAGUCAAGGUUACAAUUAAUGACUUGAAUGAAAACUCUGUGACCUUGAUUCAGGAAAACUGCCAUUUAAACAAAUUGAAAGUGGUGGUAGACAGUAAGGAAAAAGAAGAGAGUGGUGAUAUUCUUGAAGAAGGAGAGGAAAAGCUUGGUAAUAUUAAGGUGACCAAAAUGGAUGCCAAUGUACUGAUGCAUUUGAGAUCUUUUGAUUUCAUACACCUAGACCCUUUUGGAACAUCAGUGAACUAUCUAGAUUCUGCGUUCAGAAAUAUAAGAAACCUUGGCAUAGUGUCGGUGACUUCUACAGACAUCAGUUCUUUAUAUGCCAAGGCACAGCAUGUUGCCCGGCGUCACUACGGCUGUAACAUUGUCCGGACUGAGUAUUACAAGGAACUAGCAGCCAGAAUUGUGGUAGCUGCAGUGGCAAGAGCUGCAGCUCGAUGUAACAAAGGCAUAGAAGUACUAUUUGCAGUUGCUCUGGAACAUUUUGUCUUAGUUGUUGUGAGAGUUUUGCGGGGACCUACUUCUGCGGAUGAAACAGCCAAGAAGAUUCAGUAUCUGAUCCAUUGUCAGUGGUGUGAAGAGAGAAUUUUUCAGAAGGAUGGUAAUAUGGUAGAAGAAAACCCGUACCGACAGCUGCCCUGUGACUGCCAUGGAAGCAUGCCUGGGAAGACAGCAAUAGAGCUGGGGCCUCUCUGGUCAAGUUCCCUCUUCAGUACUGGAUUUCUCAAAAGAAUGCUGUUUGAAUCUCUUCACCAUGGUUUAGAUGACAUUCAACCCCUAAUAAAGACAUUAAUCUUUGAGUCAGAGUGUACUCCUCAAAGUCAGUUUUCAGUUCAUUCACCUUCAAAUCUCAACAAGCAAGAAGAAUGUGGUUUAUUUAUUAAAAGUACAGAUGAUACCACAACAGAUAAUUACAUUGUACAAGGAAAGAGAAAAGGUAGUGAACCAAUCACAAAUUUAGCCAAGAAGCAAAAGACUGAUGUCAGUACUGAACAUCCUCCCUUUUAUUACAACGUCCACAGACACAGCAUUAAAGGGAUGAAUAUGCCGAAGUUAAAAAAGUUUCUGUGCUAUCUUUCUCAAGCAGGCUUUCGAGUAAGCCGAACUCAUUUUGACCCAAUGGGUGUUCGUACAGAUGCACCUCUGGUGCAGUUUAAGUCUAUCCUUUUAAAGUACAGCACCCCCACCUACACUGGAGGACAAACGGAGGGCCAUGUGCAGGCCGCGUCGGAAGAAACAGUAGCUGACCGGGUGGAAAUGUCGGAGAAGGACAAAGCAGAAGCCGGCAGUUGCAGAAGAUGGUAAAUGCAGGGGAGUUGAUUCCCAGAUGCCUGUAUCGAAGGCCUGCCUAAUGGUCUCUGUUCCACCUGUAGUUCUUUUUUUAUUCUUUCAAUUCAGUGGUGUAAAAAUAAAAAACAGUGCUGUUUUCUUUCA